CCAGCUGUCCUGCCGAGUAGUGCGCCGCGCCAUCGCCGGUGAUUCUCCAUUAGCGGGAAGAGCAGAACGCCCAAGAGAUGGAACUCCUCGCGAGCGUCCUCCUGCUGGCGUCGUGUCUCCUCGCACCUGCAGAGGGCGCCUUCACCAAAUGCGGCGGCGUGAGGACCAACGCUGAAGGAGUUAUCAAGAGUCCGAGGUAUCCUAGGGGCUAUCCGCACAACAGCAUGUGUGUCUUUGAGGUGAAGGCCAGCCCAGACGCCGUUAUUAAGUUCACCUGCAGAAGGCUCAUACUCCAGCCGUCGGUUGGUUGUUCAAAAGACUACGUGAAGGUUAAUGGAUUAGUUUACUGCGGCAGAACAGCGCCAAAGAACGUGUACAGCAAUGGCGGCCUCACGGUCGAGUUUUCUUCCGAUGCGACAGUGCGGAAAAAGGGAUUCACCUGCACUUAUACUCGAAUUUCUGGCUCUGAUUAUGUGGCGCCAACGUCCCCGCCCACCACCACCGUGGCCCCGCCCCCUCCACCUCCCACCAUCCCCUACGGCGGCGCCUGCGAGGACCUCCUGCAGGAGAAGAGUGCCUGGGCUGAAGGGUGGCUGGGCGUCCUGAGUUUCCCGGUGCAGGACGCGUCGGCGGGAUGGACGCUCGGGCUGGCUCUGUCGGCGCCCGUCCAGGCUUUCGAGCAAUGGGCAGGGACCCUCAGCGCCGCCAACAGCACUUUCUUCACGGUGGCAAAAGAUGGCGCUGACCUGGGCGUGGGCAGUGUCAUCUCCCUCGAAUUCCUGUACAGGUACGACUCUGUGGCUCCAUCGCCUAUGGUCACGUCGGUUUAUCUCAACGGUGACCAAGUGUGCUUCAGCCAAGCACCAACGCUCCCUACGACCAGUCCGGGACCAGUUACGACUCCCGCUACGGUUGGUGACGGAAAUGGUAAAUGCGCCACCUUUACGGAGACGAGCAGCUGGGCCGGGAACUUUCAAGGAAUUUUGAAUGUGACCGUUCCCGGGGAUGUGAGCUCGUGGACUAUUGUGCUGCAGCUGUCAGCCUCCGUGGACAAUUUUCAGGCGUGGACCGCGAACGUGGCACCCACCUCUGGCACCAUCAUCGCGCUCACCAACAAAAGCUACAAUGGCGUCCAGACAGCCGGCGCCGUGCUUGAAUUAGGCAUACUGAUAACCUACUCCGGCAGUAUUCCAAGCAUCACCUCUCUUGAUUUUAAUGAUAAAGAGCUUGGGCUUUGUGAAACUGGCUUGCCUACGCCCACUACGGUUCCUUAUGCACUGUGUGUUAGCUUUACGGAGACCACCAGUUUGGUUAACAUUUACCAAGGCAUACUUUAUGUUACUGUACCGAGUGACAUCACCUCUUGGAAUAUUAUUCUGCAACUGUCAAAUGUUGUGGAUAAUUUUCAGGCAUGGGCAGCAAAUGUGGCACCCACCUCUGGCACUUCCAUCACACUCUCUAACAAGGAUUACAAUGGAGUUCUGGCAGCUGGCACAACACUCGAGUUGGGUAUAUUGGUGACCUACUCAGGGGCUAUUCCAGACAUCAUUUCUGUGAGCUUCAAUGAUCAAGUUGCUGGAGACUGUGGAGGUUCUUCAACUCCACCCACCCCAGCACCAACAACUGAUCCUACUUCUGCACCCACUCCAGCUCCCACUCCAGCUCCAACCACUGCACCCACUCCAGCUCCAACUACUGCACCCACUCCAGCUCCAACCACUGCACCUACUCCACCAGCUCCCACUCCAGCUCCCACUCCAGCUCCAACCACUGCACCCACUCCAGCUCCAACCUCUGCCCCCACUCCAGCUCCCACUCCUGCGCCCACUUCAAGUCCAACUACGUCGCUGACCACGAAACCGACAGAACCAAGUCCUGGAUGCAUUGCUCCUGGGACAAGCUACGACUACGAUGAAGUUCUUCACAAGUCCCUGCUGUUUUACGAAGCUCAGCGAUCUGGAGAUCUGCCAGAUUCACAGCGUGUCACCUGGCGCAAGGACUCUGCCCUGGGCGACGCCAAGGACAGUGUGACCAACGUCCAGCUAGACUUAACAGGAGGAUAUUAUGAUGCUGGCGAUUAUGGCAAAUUUGGAUAUCCAAUGUCAAGUAUGACAACAGUGUUAGCAUGGGGAGCCAUCGACUAUAGCACUGCCUAUAUACAAGCAGGGGAAAUGUCGUACAUGAAGGAGGCUGUCAAGUGGGCGACAGACUAUUUCCUUAAGGCACACGUGAGUCCUACAGUGUUGUACGGCCAAGUAGGCAAUGGUCAGCUUGACCAUUCUUUCUGGGGCCGACCAGAGGAUAUGACUAUGGACAGACCAGCCUACAAGAUCACUGAAGCCAAUCCCGGUUCUGACUUGGUGGCCGAGACUUCUGCUGCACUGGCUGCCGCCUCCAUUCUCUUCAAAGAUUCCAACCCUGCAUAUUCUGCCGAAUGUCUUCAACACUCUCGGGACCUUUAUGACUUUGCCGAUAAUUUCAGAGGGGACUAUGAUGCUACGAUCCCUGGUGUUUCCGAAUUUUAUGCCAGCUACGGCUACUACGACGAAUUAGCAUGGGCUGCUGCCUGGCUUUACCGUGCCACAGGUGAGACUAGCUAUUUAACGGCAGCCAAGAAUCAUUACCAGCAACUUUCAACAAGUCCUUGGGAAUUUUCUUGGGCUGAUAAGACUCCUGGAGUGCAGGUAUUAUUGGCACAAUUUGCUGAUGAAGCGGAUAAAGCCACAUAUGUGAAUCAUGUGACCAGCUUCUGUAACGACAUCGUAGAAAACAGGGCAAGAACACCCAAAGGAUUGUUGUACUUGAGUAAGUGGGGCUCCCUCCGAUAUGCAGCUAACGCAGCCUUUAUCUGCCUAAGAGCUGCAGACUUGGGCAUCAACCCUGCGAAAUACCGAGACUUUGGCAAGCAACAGAUCCACUACAUGUUAGGCGACACUGGACGAAGCUACGUGGUUGGUUUUGGCGUGAACCCUCCGCUGCGGCCACAUCACGCCAGCAGCUCUUGUAAACCUGCUCCAGCAACCUGUGACUGGACAGACUUCCAUUCACCGGAUCCUAAUCCUCACGUGCUGUACGGAGCCUUGGUGGGAGGCCCUGAUGCCAACGACUGGUACGAGGACAAACGUGAUGACUAUAUCAAGAAUGAAGUUGCCACAGACUACAAUGCAGGCUUCCAAUCUGCUGUAGCUGCUCUUCGCUCCCUUACUGAUUGUGGUGGAGUGACAGCAGCCCCCACUCCAGCACCUACCCCUGCACCCACUCCAAUUUACAAUACAGAACCAGGUUCUGGGUGCGUUGCUCCUGGGACAAGCUACGACUACGAUGAAGUUCUUCACAAGUCCCUGCUGUUUUACGAAGCUCAGCGAUCUGGAGAUCUGCCAGAUUCACAGCGUGUCACCUGGCGCAAGGACUCUGCCCUGGGCGACGCCAAGGACAGUGUGACCAACGUCCAGCUAGACUUAACAGGAGGAUAUUAUGAUGCUGGCGAUUAUGGCAAAUUUGGAUAUCCAAUGUCAAGUAUGACAACAGUGUUAGCAUGGGGAGCCAUCGACUAUAGCACUGCCUAUAUACAAGCAGGGGAAAUGUCGUACAUGAAGGAGGCUGUCAAGUGGGCGACAGACUAUUUCCUUAAGGCACACGUGAGUCCUACAGUGUUGUACGGCCAAGUAGGCAAUGGUCAGCUUGACCAUUCUUUCUGGGGCCGACCAGAGGAUAUGACUAUGGACAGACCAGCCUACAAGAUCACUGAAGCCAAUCCCGGUUCUGACUUGGUGGCCGAGACUUCUGCUGCACUGGCUGCCGCCUCCAUUCUCUUCAAAGAUUCCAACCCUGCAUAUUCUGCCGAAUGUCUUCAACACUCUCGGGACCUUUAUGACUUUGCCGAUAAUUUCAGAGGGGACUAUGAUGCUACGAUCCCUGGUGUUUCCGAAUUUUAUGCCAGCUACGGCUACUACGACGAAUUAGCAUGGGCUGCUGCCUGGCUUUACCGUGCCACAGGUGAGACUAGCUAUUUAACGGCAGCCAAGAAUCAUUACCAGCAACUUUCAACAAGUCCUUGGGAAUUUUCUUGGGCUGAUAAGACUCCUGGAGUGCAGGUAUUAUUGGCACAAUUUGCUGAUGAAGCGGAUAAAGCCACAUAUGUGAAUCAUGUGACCAGCUUCUGUAACGACAUCGUAGAAAACAGGGCAAGAACACCCAAAGGAUUGUUGUACUUGAGUAAGUGGGGCUCCCUCCGAUAUGCAGCUAACGCAGCCUUUAUCUGCCUAAGAGCUGCAGACUUGGGCAUCAACCCUGCGAAAUACCGAGACUUUGGCAAGCAACAGAUCCACUACAUGUUAGGCGACACUGGACGAAGCUACGUGGUUGGUUUUGGCGUGAACCCUCCGCUGCGGCCACAUCACGCCAGCAGCUCUUGUAAACCUGCCCCAGCAACCUGUGACUGGACAGACUUCCAUUCACCGGAUCCUAACCCUCACGUGCUGUACGGAGCCUUGGUGGGAGGCCCUGAUGCCAACGACUGGUACGAGGACAAACGUGACGACUAUAUCAAGAAUGAAGUUGCCACAGACUACAAUGCAGGCUUCCAAUCUGCUGUAGCUGCUCUUCGCUCCCUUACUGAUUGUGGUGGAGUGACAACAGCCCCCACUCCAGCACCUACCCCUGCACCCACCUCUGCACCUACCCCCGCUCCAACCCCAGAGCCUACCGCAAACCCAGGAACUGAAGUACCUAGUACCCAAGCACCAGGUUCUGGGUGCGUUGCUCCUGGGACAAGCUACGACUACGAUGAAGUUCUUCACAAGUCCCUGCUGUUUUACGAAGCUCAGCGAUCUGGAGAUCUGCCAGAUUCACAGCGUGUCACCUGGCGCAAGGACUCUGCCCUGGGCGACGCCAAGGACAGUGUGACCAACGUCCAGCUAGACUUAACAGGAGGAUAUUAUGAUGCUGGCGAUUAUGGCAAAUUUGGAUAUCCAAUGUCAAGUAUGACAACAGUGUUAGCAUGGGGAGCCAUCGACUAUAGCACUGCCUAUAUACAAGCAGGGGAAAUGUCGUACAUGAAGGAGGCUGUCAAGUGGGCGACAGACUAUUUCCUUAAGGCACACGUGAGUCCUACAGUGUUGUACGGCCAAGUAGGCAAUGGUCAGCUUGACCAUUCUUUCUGGGGCCGACCAGAGGAUAUGACUAUGGACAGACCAGCCUACAAGAUCACUGAAGCCAAUCCCGGUUCUGACUUGGUGGCCGAGACUUCUGCUGCACUGGCUGCCGCCUCCAUUCUCUUCAAAGAUUCCAACCCUGCAUAUUCUGCCGAAUGUCUUCAACACUCUCGGGACCUUUAUGACUUUGCCGAUAAUUUCAGAGGGGACUAUGAUGCUACGAUCCCUGGUGUUUCCGAAUUUUAUGCCAGCUACGGCUACUACGACGAAUUAGCAUGGGCUGCUGCCUGGCUUUACCGUGCCACAGGUGAGACUAGCUAUUUAACGGCAGCCAAGAAUCAUUACCAGCAACUUUCAACAAGUCCUUGGGAAUUUUCUUGGGCUGAUAAGACUCCUGGAGUGCAGGUAUUAUUGGCACAAUUUGCUGAUGAAGCGGAUAAAGCCACAUAUGUGAAUCAUGUGACCAGCUUCUGUAACGACAUCGUAGAAAACAGGGCAAGAACACCCAAAGGAUUGUUGUACUUGAGUAAGUGGGGCUCCCUCCGAUAUGCAGCUAACGCAGCCUUUAUCUGCCUAAGAGCUGCAGACUUGGGCAUCAACCCUGCGAAAUACCGAGACUUUGGCAAGCAACAGAUCCACUACAUGUUAGGCGACACUGGACGAAGCUACGUGGUUGGUUUUGGCGUGAACCCUCCGCUGCGGCCACAUCACGCCAGCAGCUCUUGUAAACCUGCCCCAGCAACCUGUGACUGGACAGACUUCCAUUCACCGGAUCCUAACCCUCACGUGCUGUACGGAGCCUUGGUGGGAGGCCCUGAUGCCAACGACUGGUACGAGGACAAACGUGACGACUAUAUCAAGAAUGAAGUUGCCACAGACUACAAUGCAGGCUUCCAAUCUGCUGUAGCUGCUCUUCGCUCCCUUACUGAUUGUGGUGGAGUGACAACAGCCCCCACUCCAGCACCUACCCCUGCACCCACCUCUGCACCUACCCCCGCUCCAACCCCAGAGCCUACCGCAAACCCAGGAACUGAAGUACCUAGUACCCAAGCACCAGGUUCUGGGUGCGUUGCUCCUGGGACAAGCUACGACUACGAUGAAGUUCUUCACAAGUCCCUGCUGUUUUACGAAGCUCAGCGAUCUGGAGAUCUGCCAGAUUCACAGCGUGUCACCUGGCGCAAGGACUCUGCCCUGGGCGACGCCAAGGACAGUGUAACCAACGUCCAGCUUGAUUUAACAGGAGGAUAUUAUGAUGCUGGCGAUUAUGGCAAAUUUGGAUAUCCAAUGUCAAGUAUGACAACAGUGUUAGCAUGGGGAGCCAUCGACUAUAGCACUGCCUAUAUACAAGCAGGGGAAAUGUCGUACAUGAAGGAGGCUGUCAAGUGGGCGACAGACUAUUUCCUUAAGGCACACGUGAGUCCUACAGUGUUGUACGGCCAAGUAGGCAAUGGUCAGCUUGACCAUUCUUUCUGGGGCCGACCAGAGGAUAUGACUAUGGACAGACCAGCCUACAAGAUCACUGAAGCCAAUCCCGGUUCUGACUUGGUGGCCGAGACUUCUGCUGCACUGGCUGCCGCCUCCAUUCUCUUCAAAGAUUCCAACCCUGCAUAUUCUGCCGAAUGUCUUCAACACUCUCGGGACCUUUAUGACUUUGCCGAUAAUUUCAGAGGGGACUAUGAUGCUACGAUCCCUGGUGUUUCCGAAUUUUAUGCCAGCUACGGCUACUACGACGAAUUAGCAUGGGCUGCUGCCUGGCUUUACCGUGCCACAGGUGAGACUAGCUAUUUAACGGCAGCCAAGAAUCAUUACCAGCAACUUUCAACAAGUCCUUGGGAAUUUUCUUGGGCUGAUAAGACUCCUGGAGUGCAGGUAUUAUUGGCACAAUUUGCUGAUGAAGCGGAUAAAGCCACAUAUGUGAAUCAUGUGACCAGCUUCUGUAACGACAUCGUAGAAAACAGGGCAAGAACACCCAAAGGAUUGUUGUACUUGAGUAAGUGGGGCUCCCUCCGAUAUGCAGCUAACGCAGCCUUUAUCUGCCUAAGAGCUGCAGACUUGGGCAUCAACCCUGCGAAAUACCGAGACUUUGGCAAGCAACAGAUCCACUACAUGUUAGGCGACACUGGACGAAGCUACGUGGUUGGUUUUGGCGUGAACCCUCCGCUGCGGCCACAUCACGCCAGCAGCUCUUGUAAACCUGCUCCAGCAACCUGUGACUGGACAGACUUCCAUUCACCGGAUCCUAACCCUCACGUGCUGUACGGAGCCUUGGUGGGAGGCCCUGAUGCCAACGACUGGUACGAGGACAAACGUGACGACUAUAUCAAGAAUGAAGUUGCCACAGACUACAAUGCAGGCUUCCAAUCUGCUGUAGCUGCUCUCCGCUCUCUUGCAGGCUGUAAUGCAAAACACUGAAAUGAAGGAAUGCCUAUCAUUUGCCAACACUAAAGGGCACUGAAGCUAAGGUUUCACUAGACUCAGCUGUGGUCACUCAGCCUCGUUAUUGGCUACACUCCCCUAGACGAAGCACAUCUGGACAGGCUUCAAAACAUCAUCAGCCUGUAAGAAAGCCAGAUGAGUCAUUGCUUCCGGAUUCCCUAGUUUUCAGCUUUUGUCAAAAAAGUAAACAUUCUAGACCUGAGGCUGGUUUCAGAGUUAGAUAGGGCAAGUGAAACCAUGGCUUCAAAUUGUAGAUCAGUGUAAAGAUCAAAUGUUCAAUAGGCAAAAACUUUGUAUAUCGAUCCAAAUAAGUGUAUAAUAAAGUAAAUAAAAAAAGAGAAUUACACAACAACAAUUACAUUGUAUUUGAAAAUUAGAUAAUUCUGCCAGAAAUUUAUAUUCAAAAUUGCAAUAUAAUUUUGUUACCCUGA